AGCACCUGAAAUUUCCGAUUCGAUCACCACCAUAUCUCCACCGUCUGAUCUUAUUCUUCGCCGGAAAAUGGCCGACGUGCAACCUCGACCGCUGGAGAUGAGCAGGGAGCAGCCCAAGUCGAGGCAGAUGGUGAAGGCGGCGACGGCUGUGACCGCCGGUGGGUCCUUGCUGGUUCUCUCCGGCCUGACGCUCGCCGGAACGGUGAUCGCUCUCACGGUGGCGACUCCACUGCUCGUCAUCUUCAGCCCCGUCCUCGUCCCCGCCGUCAUCACCGUCGCUCUCCUCGUCACCGGAUUCCUAGCCUCCGGCGGCUUCGGCAUCGCCGCCAUUACCGUCUUCUCCUGGAUUUACAGGUACGUGACGGGGAGGCACCCACCAGGGGCGGACAAGCUGGACAGUGCGAGGCUGAAGCUGGCGAGCAAAGCGCAGGAGAUGAAAGACAGAGCUCAGCAGUUCGGACAGCAACACACCGGCGGCGUUGGAGCCCACCAGACCUCCUAGAUCAUCCGUCUCGCAGAAAACGGCGGCGUUCGCAUGCAUGCAUGCAUGCAUCGUCCUUGAUGUCGGAAGAGCUUUGAAGGAGAAGGAGGAGGAGAAGAAAUACGGAAGAACAGAGAGUUUUCGCGUGUCCCCAUGUCUAUGUUUGCCUUUCUUUUUCUUUUUUUUUCUGGUAAAUGGCUAAUAUCAUAAUGUUAAAUGUGUUCUUGUUUUGUGGUCAAUGAAUGGGUUUCUUUCUUUUUA